AAAUUCACAAAAAAAAUGACACGACAUGCAAAAAAUAAUACAGCAUCAUCAGUAUAUUCAUAUCAUGAACGGCAACGUGAUAAUCAAUCAAGUGGUUAUGGAACACAGCAUAAACGAUUGAAUAAAGAUUCUGUAAAAGAUUUUAAUGCUUGUAAUCUAAGUUUACAACCAUGCCGUAAUCCGGUUUUAACCCCAGAUGGUUAUCUAUAUGAUAAAGAAGCGAUUCUUGAAUACAUUAUUCGUCAAAAAGCAAAAAUCAUGCGUAAUAUAAAACGAUAUGAAAAAGAAAAACAAAAAGAUGAACAACGAUUAAAGGAAUCAAUGGAAAAAGAUGAUGAAACAAAAACGAAAAAAUUUUCUGACCAUGAAACAAUGAAAGUAUUGAGUGGUAAUAAUGAUGAUGAACAACAACAAGCCAGUACAUCAUCAUCAAUAUCCAAUAUGAAUAAUGGAAAUGAUAAACAAUUGCCCAGUUUUUGGAUACCAAAUCUUACGCCAUCAACCGAAGAUCGAACAAAAAAACCAGAUACUAUUGUUCGAUGUCCAAUGAGCGGAAAAGCAUUGAAAUCAAAUCGUUUGAUUGAAGUGAAAUUCACACCGGUCGAUCCGAAAUGCAUUAAUCCAUAUCGAGCAACGUAUAAAUGUGCCGUUUCUGGUGAUAUUUUAACAAAUGCUUCACGAUGUGUUGUACUAAAAACUUCUGGUUCUGUUGUUACCGAAGAAUGUUUGGAAAAAAUAAUCAAAAAAGAUAUGAUUGAUCCGAUCAAUGAUAAACCAUUGAAAGAAUCGGAUAUUAUUCCACUUCAAAGAGGUGGUACUGGCUAUUCAAGUGCCAAUGAAUUAGAAGCUAAACUUCAUCGACCUGUAAUGAGUGCUUAA